UCAACGAAGUUCUUCAUACACAAAUGCUGAAGACUCACACAUCUGCCAUGUAUAUCUUGACAUUUCCCAAAAUCCGAUCAUAGGUAUAAACCAAUCUAAGGAUCAAUUUUGGUCUCGAGUUGAGAGUGAUUAUCAUAGCUCAAUGCCUGCUUUUAUCACUCAAGGUCGACCCAGAAGAUCUUUGCAAUGUCGAAUGCAAACUCUCCUAACUGCUAUUGGCAAAAUGAGGGGAUGUGUAAGACAGGUUGAAAAUUUAAAUCCAAGUGGUGCUUCUGAACAAGAUAUUUUCAAUCGGGCUAAAGUGUUGUUUGCUCAGGAUAAGAAUUAUAAGAAGGGAUUCAAAUUCGAUCAUGUAUGGCCCAUCUUAAAAGAUAUCAAAAAAUUUGCAGAUGUUAAUGUUGGAAUUCAAGUAGGACGUAUGCAAUAUGGUAACUUUGCAGCAUCACAAUCAGAGUACUCUCCCACUUCAGACUCUCCCACACCAGCAUCUCCUGGACUGGCUUCAUUCGAUUUUAAUAUGAAUGACAAUGAUUUUGGUGGUACUUCAACUGAAAGACCUAUAGGGUACGGAAAGUAA